AAACCAGAAAGGGGAGAGAGAGAGAGAGAGAGAGAGAGAGAGAUCAGAGAGAUGGAAGGAAAGGAGGAAGAUGUGAAGCUUGGAGCUAACAAAUUCUCGGAGAGGCAACCGAUAGGGACAUCAGCGCAGAGCGAUGACAAGGACUACAAGGAGCCACCUCCAGCGCCCUUGUUCGAGCCAGGCGAGCUGAGUUCCUGGUCCUUCUACCGAGCUGGAAUCGCUGAGUUCGUCGCCACUUUCUUAUUCCUCUACAUCACCAUUUUGACGGUCAUGGGCGUCAAGAGAUCCGAUAGCAUGUGCGCCAGCGUCGGCAUUCAAGGCAUUGCUUGGGCUUUUGGAGGCAUGAUCUUCGCCCUCGUCUACUGUACGGCUGGAAUCUCUGGUGGUCACAUAAACCCGGCGGUGACGUUCGGUCUGCUGCUAGCCCGAAAGCUGUCUCUCACAAGGGCAGUGUUCUACAUGGUGAUGCAAUGCUUGGGAGCCAUCUGCGGUGCUGGUGUUGUGAAAGGCUUCGAGAAGACCCGUUAUCAGACGCUGGGAGGUGGGGCCAACACCGUCAACCAUGGCUACACCAAGGGAGAUGGCCUUGGUGCUGAGAUCGUCGGAACCUUCGUCCUUGUUUACACCGUCUUCUCCGCCACUGAUGCCAAAAGAAGCGCCAGAGACUCCCAUGUUCCUAUCUUGGCUCCUCUGCCUAUUGGAUUCGCCGUGUUUCUUGUCCAUCUGGCAACCAUCCCAAUCACUGGAACUGGAAUAAACCCAGCUAGAAGUCUUGGAGCGGCCAUCAUCUACAACAAAGAUCAUGCAUGGGAUGACCAUUGGAUCUUCUGGGUGGGCCCCUUCAUCGGAGCCGCGCUCGCAGCCGUCUACCAUGUGAUCGUGAUCCGGGCCAUUCCAUUCAAAUCCAGGUCCUAAUCCAAACGCCAUCUAAUAUAUCAUCAGUGGUCAUGGAUUCUAUAUUAUGAUAUUUGGAGUUUUCCUUUUUUUUUUUUUUUUUCUUUUUUUAAAUUAUAAAUGUAUGUACUCUCCCAAGUUACUCUUAUCUAGUAGAGUUUGCUGUAAAUGUUGGUGGGCCGUCCUUUCAUUUCUGUCCCUUUGCGUGAGUGCUGUGAAUUUUACACAUCAAAUGCACCGAAUCCACCGACCGAAAUAAUUUGUAACGGAUAGAAAUGGCAUGAAUGGUGCUGUCAUGUGAGAUGACCGCUGUCCUA